GAUGCUUCUGGAAGACAGAUCAAUCAUUCUUUAGUCCCUUAGGGGAGAGUGGGGGGGCUGCAGAAAUCCCCCACAGAAAGCCUCGGGGGAUGAACUAGAGCAGCAUCGUUGUUUGGCUUGCUGGAUUUCACGUACCACAAUGAAGAUACUAGUUUUUGCUGGACUACUCACUCUUGCCUCCAGUCGUUUCACAACAGCCUCAGAAUUUUCACUGAACGACUCUGCAAUUAAAACAGUGUCUCUUAUCAAGACUUUCCGUGGAAUCUCAGCAAGAGACUAUGAUUACAUUCCCCCUUAUGCUCUAGAGGGGGAGACAACAACCAUCCAUAUCGAAGAACACAAGUGCUUUUCAGAGAAGUCAAAUGAUUCCACUUUAACAGAAGUGAACAACACCACAAUGGAGUACCUGACCAGCUCUUUGAGCACCAAACUAAUACCUCUUGUCUACCUCAGUGCUGUUUUAUUGGGUGUACCAUCUAACGCCAUCAUUCUGUGGAUGCUGCUGUUCAGGAUCCGGUCUGUAUGCACUGCCAUCCUCUACACAAAUUUGGCAGUUUCAGAUCUGCUCUUCUGCAUCGUGCUACCCUUCAAAAUAGCGUACCACAUCAAUGGGAACAACUGGAUUUUUGGGGAGAUGAUGUGUCGAACUACCACUGCCGUGUUUUAUGGCAACAUGUACUGCUCCAUUCUGCUGCUCACGUGCAUCAGCGUCAGCCGCUAUGUGGCCAUCGUUCACCCCUUUACCUACAAGAGCCUGCCAAAACGUGCCUAUGCCAUUGUGGUCUGCGCUACCGUGUGGAUCAUUGUCUUCUUGUACAUGCUGCCACUUUGUAUAAUGCAGCAAAGCUAUUACGUGAAACAACUGGGCAUUUACACCUGCCAUGAUGUGCACGACAGCUGUGAAACGGUAUCUUCAUUCCAGUUCUACUACUAUGUUUCUUUAUCUAUCUUUGGUUUUUUAAUACCUCUUGCAAUUAUUGUCUUCUGCUAUGUGUCAAUCAUACGAACACUCAAGACUCAGGAAUGGUUCUGGUAUGUUAAAGUCAGCCUUUUGAUCCUCGUAAUCUUUACUAUUUGCUUUGUGCCAAGCAAUAUUAUUCUUAUUAUCCAUCACAUCAACUAUUAUUAUUACAACAUAGAUAGCUUGUAUUCUUUUUAUCUAAUUGCUUUAUGCCUCAGCAGCUUAAACAGUUGUCUUGAUCCUUUCCUUUAUUUUCUGAUGUCGAAAAUUAGAAGUCAAUCCAAUAUUUAUCUAACAAUGGUUAAAAUAUCCAGGGAAAAAUGACAUUAGUUCUAUAUUUAUAAUAUCAGAAUUAUGGUUUUGUACAGUAUUGACCCAGGCAACAACAAAUCUCAGGUGCAAAAAUUAAACUUUAAAAAGUGUUAGAAAAGAUGGUGUCAGUAAAAUUUACUUGCUUCCAUGCACCACACCAGGAAUAUCUUCAGAUAUUCCAGCUCUGUGGUUUUACCAUGUGUAUUGCAACACCCAGAGUACCUAGAUUCAGGGAAAUGGCUCCACACCUCCAUUUCCUUCUAAGGAAAUCACUUUCACAGCCAUGGAGAGGAAACUGCCAGUCACUGCCAGAAGAGAAAUCAAUAUCUGAACAGCAUUUAUAGGCCCAUUCAUGAUUUCCAAAUACGUCAUAUUAGCUCUCAGCCCAUAACCACUGCAGGAUCAGGGAUGUAUAAUCAAGUUCUUGUCCCAGUGGAAACUGAAAAAAGUAAAAGCCCUUUUUAACGUGCCUGGGAGCUGCUGAGCUUUGCAGAAGCUCCCUGUCAGAUAGCCAACAGAAAAUAUUAUCCUUCAUGUUGGAAAUUAAAAGUCUGAGUCCCCAUAGGUUCAAGAAGCAGUAGAUCUACAGCUCUAGGCAGAGCCUAACACUUUCAAGGAAGCAUCUCCUAUGAGGCUGCUUAACCAGCUUUGCACUGCAGACUUGUUCUUCCACUCUAACUCAUGAGGAUUGCUGAGAGCUAACCCUUAUCAGUGUGAAUCCAGGCAUGUAUUAUUCUUGCUUAGUAAGCAAAAAGGGGAAGCUGUUUUGUAGUUUUCUCUACUUCCACAUCCUCACAGGAAAUGCCUGCAAUGUUAUGAAUACUGAAGCUAAUAAUGAUUGAUUAUUCAUCGUAAUAAAGUAAGAGGUCAACUGCUGUACUUACAGAAAACCUAAAGUUAUGUAUGUAUAAAGUUCCUACAAAGUGAGCUCAGUGGUUGGCAUUUGUAACCAUAGCAUGUAAAAUGGGGAUAA